AUGGUUUCGAUAAGCGCGCAGAGUCGGCGCUUAACGAAUACCGACGUUGUUAUUGUUGACGGCUUUGAAUCCACAUUUUGCAGAAUUUCUGAUUUGUCCCGCUUCUCUCCCUCGUCUCCCCGCGCCCCGCGGCCGUGCCCGGGAUCGGGGGACGGGGCAGACGGGGCAGGGCAUCCCGCGGGCACGGCCGCCCCGCACCCCCGGGGCCCCGCGGUCUCCUCCGAGCGCACGUUCUGCUCCGCCUGCGCCCAGACCUUCCGGGACCGCCGGGAUCAGAGGGAACACUACAAGCUGGACUGGCAUCGCUUCAACCUCAAGCAGCGCCUGCGGGGCCGGGCGCCCCUGCCCGCCGCCGCCUUCCAGGAGAAGACUCAAGCAGGUGACGUGUCCGGCACCUCCGGGUCGGAGGACUCGACGUCCACGGCGGAGGAGUCGGGGACGGAGGAGUCGGACGGCGGGGAGGGGCCGGGCCCGGGGGGCCGCCCCCGGGGGACCCGGCCCCACCGCGUCCUCUUCCGCAACGCCCGGGGCCGCUUCCUCUCCGCUUUCCGCUGCCUCCUGGGGCCGCGCCGGGAGGGGGAAGGCGGCGGCGACCAUCCGGUGGCCCGCCUGGAGCAGGGCGGGCCCAAGGUGUGCGCGGUGCUGAUGGCCGCCGCCGGCCAUUUUGCCGGCGCCGUCUUCAGAAGCGGGCAGGUGGAGACCCACAAGACCUUGCACCGGUACGCGGCGCGAGCCCGGCGGGGCACGGCCCAGGGGUCGCGGGACGCCCGGGGGGCCGCCCCGCGCUCGGCCGGGGCCUCCCUCAGGCGCUACAACGAGGCCGCCCUCUGCGAGGAGGCGCGGGAGCUCCUGGCCGGGCCGGGCCGGGCGGGGGCCCCGGAGGAGGCGGACACGGUGCCGCCGCGGACCCCCCGGCGAGGCCGCGGCCCGUUCUUCGGGGAGCGCGGGGCGCCCCUGCGGCGCCGAGACCCCCGCCUCUGGGACAUCCCCAUCGCCGCCCGGCGGCCCACCUUCCGCGAGGGGCUGCGCGUGCUCCGGACCCUGGCCGCGCUGGACGUCCACGACGAGGACCCGCGGCGGCCCGCCCCGGCCGCCGGCCCCCGGAGGAGCCGGAAGGCGCGGGGGCCGCGGGAGGGGGAGGCGGCCGGCGGGAAGACCCCGGAGGCGGCCCUCCCGGAGGCGGCGGAGACUCCCGAGCGGACCGCCCCCGCGGGCCCUCCAUCCCCCGUCUCCCCGUGCCCGCGGUCAGAGUGCGGCGGAGAAGAGAGCCGCCCGCCCGAGGCCCUGGAGCUGGUGGAGGUGACGCUGGGGACCCUGGAGCUGCGGGAGUUCGAGGUGGCGCUCCCCCGCAGGCGGCGACGACGGCCGAAGCCCCGGGCCCGCGCCGUCGACGCCGACCGGGCUCCCGGCGAGGGGGACGGGCCCCCGGGGUCUCCCGGCGAGGGGGACGGGGCCCCGGGGUCUCCCGGCGAGGCGGACGGGCCCCCCUCCGCCCCGCCGCCCCCCGGGGAGGGGGCCGUCGGGCGAGGGGCCGAGCGGGCGGGGGGGCCGGGAGGGGCCGGGGGGGCCCGGGGCGGCGGUCCAGACGGCCCCUCCGCCCCUCCCGGGGACGCCCGGGGCCGAGCCCCCUACGCGGUCGCCGCCGAUAAAUCCACCCGAAACGUGUCCCGCAGAUUCUCGGGGGAGCGGCCCGACGCCUUCGACCGCGCGCGGGCCCAGGUGAGCCGCCCGGCCCCGUGGCCGCCGCCCGCCGAGUACCCCCUUAGCAUCGGGGGGGGGGGGGGGGGGCGGGCCCGGGGCCUUCCUCCCCGGGAUCUCGCCGCACCUUCUUCUCCUCACCGCCCCCUCCCCCCGCCACCCACCGCCCGACAGGUGCCGGGCCCGCCGUCGGCGGAAACGGAGGCCCGGCAGGCCGCCCGGCGGCGGCGGGAGCGGGAGGAGCGGGACCGGCGGGAGGAGGAGGAGCGGCGGGCGUUUGCCGCCCUCAGCGACCGCGAGAAGGUGAGGAGGCCGCGCCGGGCCCGGGCGGCCGGGAGGUCCCGCGGAGACGCCCGCCCUACCCGCGGUUCCGGGAGUCGCCGGAGAGCGGUAGCGGCGGAGAAGCGUCUGGCCGCCGCGGCGCGGCCCGGCCCGGCCCCGGCCGACGCGGGGCGCCGCCGGGGCUGCGGCCUCUCCCCGCCGGGCCCGGCGCCUUUCCGCCGCCACGACUCCCCCUCCUGCUCCACCCGCUGCCUCCAGGAGCACCGCCGGGGCUCGGGCCGGGCGGCCCCCCGACCCGCCGGCCCCCGGCCCGGCGCAGAGGGGACGGAGGCUCCGCCGGGAGGGGACGGGGGGCUCCGCCCGCCUUUUUAA